GCUUGUAUUCAAAGUGACAGUAAAAUCUACAUCAAAAAUGUUAUUCAUGAUUGGAUUAAUCAGCUUCUUGCUCGUCAAUGAUAUAGAUGGCAUCUGUGUGCAGUGAUUAAUAUGUCCAAGACAGUAGGACAGGUCAAAAACGGCUAUGUUAACAGUUAUUUGGUUACAAGGGAUAUAGAUGUUCUCAGAAACCUUUGGGAAAAAAACAAAACACAAAGUGGAUUUAACACAUUUUUCUGAUCAAGCUUUUUUUUAUAGUACUGACAAUGAAAAUGUUAUUUUAACAAAUUAAUCCAUUUGGAUAAAAGUUGGCCAUCGGUCAGUUUAAGUCUAAGAUUAAACACUGAGUCCAGCCUCAAAACAGCAUCACAGGUCGGACAAUAAGUCAGGAGUAACUACUUGCGUACUGAAGAUACACUGGCUAUAAAUGAAUGCACUAAAUGUGGGCAGUGGGUAGGAAAUGCAUUAAAUUGUUAAUGGAGUCGUCUAAAAAGAUGAAACACAUAAAUGUCAUAAAUACAUACAAUAAAUGACAUAAAUACCUUGUGUGUUUAUGUAUAAUGCAAAUUCCUCUUUUGAAGAGAAACCGUAGCAUUGAAUUCAGUAUUGCACGUGGUAACCAGGCAACCGACAACUGGUCACGCAAGCCAGUGAUGCUCAAGGUACGGGGAAGCAUUGGUACGAUCAAAGCAUUACCAAAAGGUAAGCAGAGAUGAAGGCACUGAGGGAUUUUAUAUCAGGGAACGGGAAAUUCACAAUGGUCUUGCAUUGAUUUGAGCUAGGGCCGGAGCUGCCAUGCCAUUCGGUUGUCUGACACUUGGGGACAGGAAGGAUUACAAUAAUCCCUCAGAGGUGACCGACAAAUAUGACCUGGGACAGAUUGUUAAAACUGAGGAGUUCUGUGAGAUAUUCCGGGCAAAGGACAGGAAUACCCUCAAAAUGUUCACCUGUAAAAAGUUCCUUAAAAAGGAUGGAAGAAAAGUAAGGAAAGCUGCCAAAAAUGAGAUUACGAUCUUGAAGAUGGUUAAACAUCACAACAUACUCCAGCUGGUCGAUACCUUUGAAACUAAGAAAGAAUACUUUCUCUUUGUAGAAAUCGCUACCGGCAGAGAGGUGUUUGACUGGAUCCUGGACCAAGGCUAUUACUCCGAGAGGGACACCAGUAAUGUCGUGAGGCAGGUGUUGGAAGCUGUGGCCUACCUUCACUCUUUGAAAGUAGUCCACAGGAACCUCAAGCUGGAGAAUUUGGUGUACUUCAAUCGUCUGAAGCACUCAAAAAUUGUCAUCAGUGACUUUCAAUUAGCAAAGAUGGAAAAUGGACUCAUUAAAGACCCAUGUGGUACUCCAGAAUAUCUUGCUCCUGAAGUGGUUGGGCGGCAGAGGUAUGGAAGGCCUGUUGACUGCUGGGCCAUUGGCGUCAUUAUCUAUAUACUUUUGUCAGGAAACCCUCCGUUCUAUAACGACGCUGAAGAGGAGGAGUAUGACAACCGCGACAAGAGCCUCUUCCUGAAGAUCCUGUCAGGGGACUAUGAAUUUGAUUCCCCCUACUGGGAUGACAUUUCAGACUCUGCCAAAAACCUAGUGGCCUCUUUGUUGGAAGUGGAUCAAGACCAGCGAUUAACCGCACAGGAGGCUAUUGGUCAUGAAUGGAUAUCUGGGAACGCAGCCUCUGAUAAGAAUAUCAAGGAUGGAGUAUGUGCACAAAUAGAAAAGAACUUUGCUAAAGCCAAGUGGAAGAAAGCUGUACGGGUGACCACCCUGAUGAAGAGACUCCGAGCCCCAGAGCAGGGGGAAUCCGGAGCCUCCAGCCCCACCCCAGGGGCUGUGGCGGGACCCCUCACCUCAAACAGCGGCCCCGCUCCUCCCACCUCCGCCCCAGGGACCGCCCCAGGGACCGCCUCCAGCAGCACGGAGCAGGCUUCCGCUAAGGAACAGGUUCCAGACACAGACACUGGCGUCAUCCAGGCACCCGCCGUGACGGCCGCACGUGACGAGGAGGAGGCCGGGGAGAGACGCAACGGGCAGACACCAGCACAAACUCUGGGAGACAAGACGGCUUAACCCAGCAGCAAGACGAGGAUGUUUGUUUAUCGAAAGACCCACAACAUGAUCAUUUAAUGUGUAAGCGAUUCGAUUCUUGCCUUCAUUCAUGUUUCUUUCAAGUGCAGCCGUAUAGGCCUAUGUUCAAGCGAAACAUUUUGGCCUUUUGCAAUCUGUGUAGGCCCACAAAAUGUUUUUUCUCAGUAUUAUUCCGACCCGCACAUGGUGUCUCAUGUUGGUUUCUCUUUGACAGGCAGUCUAAAAGGUGGCUCUAAUGUACAGUAGCUGAACAUGUUAUUGUUUCGUUUUCUGUAGGUCUUUUGUUGAAACUCUUAGCUGCUGAAAUAUUUAAAAAAGGAUCCUGUGACGUUUACUUGUGUCUUGUUUUGUUUUUUACUCAAGAUUUUGAUCAUUUCAUUGGGGGAUCUAAUACAGCUGAUGUUGAUGUUUUGUCCUGUAGCUAAUCGUUUAGAGUCUGCAUUCUUGUUUUAUAUUGUAUUCUGUGAAUCAUUAUUUAUUCAUGAUUUGUGUAUUUGGCAGAUUUUAGCUGAGCUAAAUAUUUGUUAAUGUGCAUGUGACUCUCAAUAAAUUAAGCAAUUUUGUAAGUGCUGAAA